UAAUAGUUUUAGAUCAGCACAUCCGUCGAUCAGCCUUUCGGACUUCGAAACUUGAACAUCUCCCCGUCAUCUCCUGCAGAACACACGGAAGGGAAAUGGACUCAAUCCUGCUGGAGAGAGGAUGUUCGGCGGGGGGCGAUGGAGAAGGUCCUAACCUCGGGUCGGUGGACGCCUUAUCCUCCGUCUUCGCCAGGAUGCGCCGCUCGCACGCCGAACACAGCCAGGCUUGUGAUACUCUGGAGGGCUUGAUCGCACAGGGGAACAGGGAGCAACAGAAGAUAAAAGCAGAGAUAGAACAGAUUAAAGAGCGCCUGCAGGCCAAGGCGACGAGAGACCCCCACCAAGAAGCCGUGGUGGCCAACCUUACAUCGAGCGUGGCGAUGAUGCGGGAACAGAUCCGGGUCGCAGAGACGGAGAAAACCCGCCUGCAGGAGGAACACGAGGCGCUGAGGCAGAGGCUGGACUCGCUGCAUCGAUCAUACCUCACGCGGUUCGAGCAGAUCAGGACCCGAUACGCUGGACGUCUAGUGGACAAUACAAAGCUGGAGUUGAAGCUUAAGAUGAGCCAGCUGGCGGAAAGAAAGAGCGCGGCUGCUUCCAGAGUAUCCAGCUUGGAAAAGGAAAACAAACGGAAAGGACUUGAAGACUGGAAGAAAUUUCGGGAGAUUAUCGUGGUGCUCCUCAAGUCACGGAAGAAGCUGGGUGAAGAAUGGGACAAGAAACGGCAGCAGGAAACCCAAAUCAGGUCACUAAGAGAAGCAAUCCAGCAGAAGGAAUUAGAGCUGACAGCAAGGAAGGAAAGGGAGGCCGCCCUAGAGAAAGAAAAGUCCACGGCUCGAGCGAAGUCAGAACAACCCUCGCCACGCCCGCAAAGGUGGCUUUCGUCCUUGCAAAAAGUAUCGCAGCAGCCGGAGGUGAAGUUGACAGCGCAGACUACAGGCAAGGUCAGACGUGACACACCUCGUCCCAAUCGCUUUGAUACUGGCCUCGAUCUGCUCAAGGCGUCUAAGUUCAGGAAGAAGUUUCAUCUUACCGUCUCAUCUGGAGACUCCAGAAGCGAGGACACUCCGGAUACUCAAAGUGUCACUGAAGAAUCCUCAGAUGGUGAUCGUGUCACCUCCCAGCCUGGUCCCAGCUCGACGCCCGCUCCAUUACUCAACCUAGGUCAGAGUCCCAUACUAGUUAGCAGACAGGCCAGUUUGCCUGUAACAGCCAAGGAUUCUAGAUAUGGAGCCUCUGCCCAAAGUCUUCCUCCCUCAGUACCCAAUUUGGUGUUCAGCUCCAAGGUGAAGCAGGGUCAUCUUCCCACGGGUUCUAUUCUUAGAGAUGGCACCCCUAGCCGCCCCUGCACAUCCUAUGGCCAAGAUUCCACCAGCUCUCAGGAGGAACACAGGACGGUGGCAAGUUCCUCUCAUCAGAGUUUUUCUGGGUACUCGGGACACUUGGCAGACGUGUCCAACACCUCGGAAUCGACCCCAGACCAGGUUUCGGUCGGUAGAAGCCCCUCGUGUGCCAACACUCCUUCACCCUCCAUUUCAUCUGGCUUUCGACCCCGGUGCUCAACUGGUUCCAGGGUACCUACAUCGACCUCAAACUUUGUGAACGAGUUGUCAUCCAUCACAGAGACCGAAGUGUCAAUGGAUGAAAAGAACCAAAGUAGUAGUUCGGAAGACAUUUGGUACACACCUCCGUCACCCUCGCAGCUGCCUACCAAAGAGGUCCGACAGGCUUAUGUCUCGUCGCUCCUCAAUAGCCCCGAGUUUACCUUUAAAAAAGCGCCAACUCCUCCUAAGCUUUUCUCACAGAGAAUGGGGCCAUCUGAAUCAUCUAGGCAGUCAGACAUGGCACAGAGUAAGAUUUCUUCGUCUACAGCCAAGAGCCACAGUCAGCAGCAUCUUGGAGUAGUUUCAGAUCAAGCACAGGAAUACGUAGCAGGCCCGCAACCGAAGUCUACAACAGGAGAGCUAGAAAUGGAACAAGAAUCAGGCGUGGGGGAAAGCCCGAAAUGCCGAUCCAACACCAUUCUAACAUCGACUCCAGGAAAGACACAGAUAUCCAAGAAAGAUUACACAACAGAAUAUACUACUACACCUGAGUGUUCAGACCUAAACAAGGCAGGUUUUUUAGAAGACAUGGAGUUGGAAACUGAGGAAGCAUCAGGCCAAAUGAUGAACAGCCUUCAAUUCCAGUCUUCACAGGGCUUUAUCGUGGAAGCGGAUGGAGAUGCUGAUGGCACUAGAACAUCCGGCACUGACCAGGCUGAUAAGUCUUUCAUUGGAAGUGUGGAAACUUCCCAUUAUGCUUCGCUAGUUAGCAGAAACGAUUCGGCCGUAACAACUGCUCCUUCAAGCAAUACCUCUCCUUCAGAAGGCAACACCGCAUUCACACACUCAUCUCCUUCUAGCACUGCAGAGGUCCACAAAGACCUUUUAACAUUUUCCAUGUGCGUCGACACGUCGUCGAGCAGCGCCAGUUCGAGGCACCCGAAGCCUACCUCGCCAGGGAGUUCCUUCAACUUCAUGUUAGGAGAAAGUUCGGAUUCUGGCAGAGGGACGCCCGGAGCUCUUCGUCUCUUUGGUUCGCCAGAGGACGCGGAUGGUUUUGACAAUACCAGCGAGGAAAGUUCCGGUGUUAACUUCUCACUUUUCGGGGACUCCCAGCCAUCUCAAGAAAGCGACAGUGGAGGAAGCUACUUUAACUUCGGCUUCGGCGGGACACGUGGUUCUCCCAGCACCAACUCCUCUCCCGGCAGCUUCAUUUCCUCGUUCUACGAUAGCUCCUCCUUCUCCUCCUCCUCCUCCCGGAGUUCCGAGAGGGAGGGCGGCGGGGCAGGAUUCAGGCUUUUCUGAAUGAAAGACCUUGUGCAAGACGGUGUUUCUGUGGUAGGAGGGCUUUGUUAGGGUAUGGAGAUAUGACGCUUUUCUUUUUCUUUUUUUAGUUUCGGUUUUGGACAUGAGAAAAUGUUUUUUUGUCCUGACUUAGCAGAUAUCGAAGAGUUCGAUUUGUUUGUUAACGGUAUAUUAGGGAGUGAGAUUUUGGUCAUGUGAGUUAAUGUGCUAAAAAGUAACUGAAGGAAUUACGCUGACAAACAGUUACCCUAUUUCAAAGAUAUAGAGUUGUGUUUAAAGAAAUGUUUCGAGUAUAUGUAUAUAUAUUUUCUUUAUUUUUGAGUUCUUAUUUCAUUCUUAUUUCAUCGUGUUUGAUAUAAAAUAAGGAUUGUCAUUUAUUAUUAGUUGAAUUUACCUCAACAAGUUAUUUUUAAUUUUCAUUUCAUCUAACUUCCCUGCAAAAAGUUAAAAUUGCAGAUUUCAAACAGUUUCUCUGGUUUCUAUGGUCUCAAGCAGACAAACUUUUGCAAUCACAUUUAUUCACAGUAUUACUGAAUUGCCAAAGACAUACUUUAUUCCAUCUUACUUCAAGACAUAUUAACUAAGUUCAUCAUAAUGAGACGCAAUACAAUUAUACAAACUUUAAAGGCUUAAGUAAAUAUCAAGAACUUUAUGAUUACUCACCAUACAACAAAAAGUGAUGCAGUGUCCUAGACAACUUGGAAAUCCUGUUGACAAAGCAUUCCAACAUACAAGCAUACUUUACACAUGGGGGAUUACUUAUAUCUGUGAAACGCUCGAAAGGAGUAGAAUUAAAAGAAUGAUUUCAUUCUUAUCUCUGACCAUAAUAACUUCCAUAAGCCCCCCAACCCUGCUGUCCGUAACCAUAACCGCCCUGUUGAGCUGGAUAGUCCCAUCCUUGGUAAUGUAAAGCUCCAUACCCCUGUGCAUAGGCCUGGUUGUAGCCUUGGUAAUUUGUGUUAACCGCCUGUUGUUGCUGUACUGUUCCUGUUGUGCCAUUGACGGUCUUCUCUUGGCUCUUGGUCGGAUCGCAUCAAAUCCCCGGUUAAACACCUUCAUAGCUGUUUCCUUGGUACCGUUGCGUCUUUCAAGGUCAGUCUUUCCAGUAGCCAUAGCAAUAGGGAUAGCGACCAAGGAAUCCAUCAUAGGCUUCUCGUCCGGAUACCAAAUAGCUCUUUAAAUCAAAUAACCGUGUAAGGAACGAGAGGCAUCCAAAGUUUUACACACAAGCACACUUUCUUGGUUCCUAUAGUCACGGCGAUUGGUUUGAAAACGAAAGAAAGGCUUACACUUAGAUUGAUUUGAAUGAGGAUUAUUAUGUUUUAUCUAAUUUGCGAAAUGAAGUAAGCAAAGGCAUUUUCGUAGAGAAAAGCUAAUGAUUGACAUAUGGGUUAUGUCAACUUAUAUUUAUUCUUUAGUAUCAGUGUAUGCAGUUUAUUACAUACAUUGCGUAAGAAUCUGAUUACGAUUAAAUAUGUCUUUUUUUUUACCUUUUACAUUUUGUUUAAAGUACUUUGCCGUAUCACUUUUCAAUUGAUUAAUAGCUAUGAUGAUAGGUAAUUCGGAGUUCAGCCUUAAAUAUAUUGUAUGAAAUCUCA